CUCUCUCGCGCUCACUGUGCUCCUCUGGGCCCCGUCCGCCGGCUCCCAGCCAUGGUGGCCUGGCGCUGGGCGUGCCUCAUCUGCCUCGCUUUCUCCUUGGCCACACUUGUCCAGAGAGGAUCUGGGGACACUGGUGAUUUCCGUCUGGAGGAUGCAGUGGAAGGAACUUCUUCAGUAAAGCAGAGAUGGGAUCACGUCACCACCACAACCAGGAGACCUGGAGCGACCAGAGCUCCAGCAAAGCCUGCAGGGCCCCCUGCAGAAGAUGAUUUUAACUUGGCUGAUGCCUUGGAUGAUCAAAAUGAUCGUGAUCAUGACCGCAAAAAGCCAAGUAUAGGAGGAGGAGGUUUUUCAGACAAGGAUCUUGAAGACAUAGUAGGGGGUGGUGACUACAAACCUGACAAGGGUAAAGGUGGUGGCCAGUAUGGUGGCGGGGACAACUCUGACUCUGGAAUGUCAGCAGAGACUGGCACCAUUGCCGGUGUGGCCAGUGCUCUGGCCAUGGCGCUGAUCGGUGCUGUAUCCAGUUACAUCUCCUACCAGCAGAAGAAGUUCUGCUUCAGCAUACAGCAGGGUCUCAACGCGGACUACGUGAAGGGGGAGAACCUGGAGGCCGUCGUAUGUGAAGAGCCCCAAGUGAAAUACUCGGCCCUGCAGACGCAAUCCACGGAGCCGCCGGCCCCUGAGCCGCCCCGGAUCUGAGGAGCAGAGGAUGCAAGGCCCCGCUCCGCUGGGCAGGCCGUGGGCACAUGGGGCCGCCGCCAGAGACCCAGCUCCUUGUUUCAUCUGGACCCAUGGCUGCCACACCGCUCCUUCGAUGUCAUUGGCUUCUUGUCGUCCUCAGUUUCCCAGACAUAGCUCUGGGUGUUUGUGAGUCUGGCUUGUGUGCCCACCUUGCCACUGGGCCCCCCAAGAGGCUUGCUGCCCAAAUCCGAGGCUGGCCCCACUGAAAGCCAGGGCCAGCCUCGGGUGCCCAGGGUUGAUGCCUCCCUAGGCCACCCUGCUCCCAGGCCUUAUCAAGCUGGGGAGGGGGAGACUGAGCAGAGGGAGGGCCAGAGGAUGGGCAGGAGUGUGAACCCAGGGCCCUGUGUCCCCUCCACGCUGCACUGACUCACCAGGUGGGUUUCUGGAAAGGCUGUGGGCAGGGGCCUGGCCAUGAGGAGUGUACUGGUGAGCGCCAGGAGACAGUGCGGGCACACACACCACACCCAGGGGGGUUUUAUCUCCAUUCCUCUUUCCACCUCCAGCCCUUACGCUGCUGGGCUCCCUGACUUUUCAUUUACUGAAGUGCAAACUUGCAUGUCACAGUAUCCCCGCCUGGAUGUAUAGGAAUCUCCUGGAUGUAUGUGUAGGAAGCUGUGGCUCUCAGGCCCAAUUCCCCUAUGAUGCCAGGGCAUCGAUGUGGUCUCCAGUCUGACGUGAUUAGUUUCAGGAAUCACUUAUUCUGCGGCAUUGAGUUUUAUACUGGGGCUGCAGAGGGUUCCCCACCCCGCUCCCAUGUGUGUUCUUAUUUUGGUAGCAGGAGCUACACAUGACAGAAUGAGCGUCAGAGCCUGAAAUAUGCCCACUGUCUGCUUGAAGAUGUCUGUGGGAGGAGGGGAAGGGGCAUGGUUUUGGUGUGGGCACUCAUGUGACCUGGGCACACUCUGGUCAUCCGCUGGCCUGCCUGUGAUGGAGAUUGCUUGGGGGCCUGGGGGCACCCAGACUGGAGGGUUAUGUCUGUGGUGGGCUGGAGCCAGGCUGUCUUCCUGGAACUUUUCGUCUGGGCCACGUGUGAUCCUGAUCUCCCCUGGGUGCUGCUGUCAGACUGAGCUAGAGUCUAGAGCGCCUCUCCCCAUCUAUGGAUGAGUUUGCAGUGUUAGAAAGCGCUUCUGGAAGCCUCAUGUGAGUCUGCUUCACAUGCUACAGGACGGCUGUGUGUGGACUCUUUUACAUCCACCAGACUGGGACAAGACAACUCUGACUUCUUAGGGAGACAGUUGACAUCAGAACAGACCCUGCAGGUCAGACUGCGUGUGCCUCCCUCGUGUGUUCAUGUUAUGGAGAGUGUGUCAUGGGCCCCGCAUCAUGCCCACGCCAGGCGGGCUCAUGCCAGGCCGGCCAGAUUGUGUGUGGCCAGGGGUGAGGAACAUUGAGAAGACGGCUGGAAGUGAGCCGUGGAGGCAGUGCUGGUGAGCUCAGCCUGUUUCCAGCACCUCCCUGGCCUGCCCUCAUGGACUAAUGUCCCCAGCCCUGACCGGUGCUGGGCUGGAGGCCACUCUGAAGGACUUUUGCAUUGGUAGCCUGCUGUCACCUAAAGAGGGUGACAUCAGGGCCCCGGAGUCAGGAGGGAUCAGGGCAGCACUCAUCACGUUAGGAGGGCCGCUCACCACCAUUUGCAGGCACUUCAGAGAAAGACACAAGGCAGCACUUGUGCGUGGUAAGAGGCUCUCCCGGCCACCGAGAAGUUUGGCCGUUUAUAGAGAAGUCACAGUCACAGUGGUGACUAGGAAGGGAGCCAUGUGGCCUGUGGCAUCCUCGGCAUAGCUGGGUGCAGUGCCCCCGGUGGGCCACCUUGGCUCUGCAGCAAGGCGCAUCUUCUGGUGAAGACCCUGAAAUCCUGUCGGUGAUAAGAGUCAGCGCUCUCUGUGGAUCCGUUUGCUCGGUACCACUGACUUGGGUUAAGAGAGACCCAUCGUGCCCUUCCUUGUCUGUCUUAGUGCCCUCUGCAUUGAGCCUGGAGCCCAGUACCCAGCUCUGCGCUGGUGACUGGGGCAUUGAAAGUCACUCAGCCAUCCAUUUGCAGAGCUCCCAUCCUGGGGCCUGGGGCAGGGCAUUGAUGCUUGCUGAUUCUUGGGGGCUCUCGUAGCUGUGUCCACCUGGAAGCUGUAUUGACUGGCUUGGGCCCAUCCCAGGUGGUAAUGGAGGUAGCAAGUAUGCUAGAAUACUGACCAUAUCUAAUUGCUAUCAGUUUAACUGGGGGUGAGAUGGGGGACUCAGUGUUUAUAACAACUCUGAGCUCCUGAAGGAUGGAGGCAGGGCACCCUAAGUGUCACCCAGAGAGUGGCACCAGGCCCACUGCCUUGGCUACUUGGGGGUUAGUCCCAGUUCUCUGAGAAAGAAGCAGUGGAGACCGAUGGCAGGAUCCCCUAUACUUUUUCUUUGCUUGUGUUUGAGGAUGAAUUGUAAGCUCUCUCAUGUUUGCAUUAAACAAAAUGGAACCUUA